AUGUUCGAACUAGAAACCAUCAUCAAGACGAAGGCCAACGCCGAUACCUUUUUCGACUUCGGUGGUCAAACAUCGGGCUGGCAUUCUAGUGACGCCCGCGUCCGUGUUCUCAAUACCUUCAACUCCGGCCUGCUUACCGUGGCUCUGCCUGCGGUAGCUAGGGAGCUCGACAUUGCUCCGAGUGUGCAACUGUGGCCAGCAUCUGUCUAUGCUCUAGGGUUGUCGUGCGGUCUCCUUCCCCUUGGCACCAUCGCCGACGUUGUUGGUAACCGUCCCGUCUUUUUGACGGGCCUGUUAUUAUAUACGGUCUUCACCUUGGCAGUGUCGCUCAGUCGCACUGGAGGAGAGCUCAUCGCCUUCCGCACGGCUUACCCGCGGGUCGCACCCGCAAUGUUGCUUUCGCGGUCUUUGGUGGCGGUAAUCCAGUUGGCUUCGCCAUGGGGCCCCGUCUUGGGCGGUGUCUUUGUCCAGGCCGCGAGUCGGCGCGCCGGCUACUGGACGUCCACCAGCAUCAAUGCGGCAUUCAUGAUCCUCGCCUUCUUCUGUCUGCCUAGGCGUCUCCCGGGAUCGGAUCGAGUCCAACUGAAGAGCAUGGUCCACCGUCUUGCCCAUGAGCUAAACUGGGUCGGCGUCGGUUCUGCUAGUGCCUGUUUGGCUCUCCUGUCUUACCUCUUCUCCGAGCUGACAAACGGCGUCACCAGCUUUAUUCGCCGGCCUCACUCCAUUGCCCUGUCAAUUGUUGCCGGAUUGCUUGUUCCAUUUUACGUCUUCUGGGAGAGUCGUCAGGAGAGACUUGGCCGCCCAGCCGUUCUUCCAAAUAGCAUUUGGCACCGACUCAAGUUUGCAACCGCCUGUCUCUCCGUCUUACUCACCUGGUCCUGGUUCAACGCCUUUUCGUACUGGGCUACUCUUUAUUAUCAGGAGUUCCAGCAGCUAGAUGCCUUGCAGACGGCUGAUGUGUUGUGGAUGUACUGGAAGUCUGCCUUCCCGGCCAUGAUCAUCAGCGUCAUCAGCACCGACCUCCUCUUCAACAUCAACAACCUGAUCAUUACGAAUAACUUCCCGGGCAAGAGCUAG